AUGCCUCACACAACUGGAAGGUACCAAGCAAGGAGGUUCAGGAAGGCCCAAUGCCUAAUUGUGGAGCGAUUAACCAACUCUCUCAUGAUUCAUGGGAGAAACAAUGAUAAAAAUCUCAUGGUUGCUCACAUAUUCAAACACGCAAUGGAAAUCAUCCAUCUGUUAACCGAUGCUAAUCCCAUUCAAAUCAUCGUAGAUGCUGUCAUCAACAGAUUAUGGAUUUGGAGUAGUCAAUUCAAAGGUGAAGAUAAUCCAUGUGACUGGAAUGAUAAAAUAUUAGCUGCAUCAAAUACCAAGAUCAGAGUUCUCACCUUAGAUGAUGGAAAAAACCUACUUAAGUUUUCCACAGAUACUAAUGUUGCCCUUUUGACUGCUCGAGACCCCUCUGAUAUUCCUUCUAUUUGUCGUGUUCCUGCUGCCCUUCAAUAUCCUACAGGGUUGGAAGGUUCGGAUGCCGGCUUAGCAUCGAUAAUCUAUGGAAUUCUAUUUAAAGUUGCGGGGUUAAGAAGCUUGUGUUUUGAAGGACUUAGCCAAAGCUAUCAAUCUGGUGCAUAUCAGGAGGGAUCUUGUGGAAAAUGGUCAUGCAUUGUGAAACCAUGCUUAUCACAAUCUAUAAGAAUACGAAAGAGUUUAAUUCUAUUUGAAGGUGGAAGCAGAAUCAGUGCUUCUGAUGGAAUCAGAAUCUGUGAUUAUGUUGGAAUCAGAAUCUAUGAUUCCAUUCCACUGCCAAAUCAACAGAAUUUAAUUAUAUCUGAAGGUGGAACUAGAAUCAACGAUUACGACAGACAUGGAAUCAGUGAUUCCGACGGAACCAAAACCUUAAAAAAUUCAAAUGAAAACCAAAAUUGCAAGAUAACCUUUUAA